CGAACACACCCGAAUGAUCCCGAACGCUCAAAUGACCGACCGUAUAGACGCCAGCACGUGACGUUACUCUAAUCUGUCAAAUUACUUUCAAACAUUUUCAACCUUAUGAAGUUCGAUAUAAAGUCGAAAAUCAAGAGAAGAAAUUUGAGAAGGUUUACCUGCACUUCCCAUGAGAGGGCGUUCUAUUCGCAGUGUGCGAGUGGUGCGAACAUACUGUGCGAGUUACCAGUGAAUUUAGUGAUCGCUUGUACUAACAUAGGCUCGUACCUACGUAUUCGUGUGUACAGAUUCAACGUCACAAACAAAACAAAGCUUGGUGGAAUUUAAAACAUAAAUAAAGAUGAAUAAAGUGAAUACAGAACAAUUUAUUAACUUGGUCCACGAACAUAAAUGUUUAUGGGAUCUGAAUGAUUCGAAUUAUCGUAAACGUGGAUAUCAGGACGCGGCAUGGCUUAAAAUAUCGAAAGAAAUGGAUAUACCUCUUUAUACACUAAAAAAGAAAUGGCGUGGGCUAAGGGACACUUUCGGGAUAGAACUAAAGAAAAUCGACAGCAAAAUUCUUUCUGGUGAAGCUACUACAGACACUGAAUCUAAAUGGGCCCACUAUAAGCACAUGUUGUUUCUACGAGAUAUUAUGAAGAAAAGAAGCAUAUCAAAAACAAGUGCGAAUUUUCUAACCGAAUCUAUCAAGGAGGAAGAGGAUACAAAUAUCAGUUCAUAUUCGGAUAACUUCCAACCUUCGCCAUCACCCUGUCAAUCGACAAUAGCAUUCAAGCCACUACAAAUCGAAGAGAACAACUUAAAAUGCUUUCCAGAAAUCACAUACGAUUCAGAUGCCCAAUUUCUAAUGAGCCUCUUACCAUUUUUAAAGGAUAUCCCUAAACAUCGCAAAUUACACGUUCGAGCAAAAUUACAACAAGUUUUUAUAGAUGAAUUAGAUGUUCACAACUCUGAUCCAAUACAAUGUUGAAAACAAUUCACUUCUUUGAAUAAAUGAGUGUGUAUCUUUAGGUCUAUGCUUUUAACGUAAAUCCAUAACAAAAUAGGAAGCCUCAAAAGGCAACAAUACGCUACGGAAAUUAAGAAAAAAAAAAAGAAAAUCUCACCCCUCGAUAUUUGCGGAGGGUGGCAACCACAGACUAAAUAAGGUGGUGGAUUACGCCUGCCGGCUCAGCCGGCUGCCAUCGAUUGCUAGUACCAUCCGAGUACAUGUGACUAGAAACACCUCCCCGUCACAAUAUAUUAUUUGAUAAGAAUAAUUAAAUAUGAGUGUAUCAUCUCUAGAGGAACAGCCUGGGGUGGGUUUGUUAAUAAAAGUGUUAUAUUCAUGCUUUGUGCCUAAGUUUGGUUAUAAUUUAACGAUGUGGCUUCACACACGGUGAAAAAUCUUUAUGUGCAAGUGUGAGUGGAAUUACAAUGCAAAUUAGCAUUUGUUAGUUUAUUUUUUGUAUAUUAAUAGUUUGUAUGAAACGAAAAACCACCUGGUAAAAAUAAAAAGCAAUGUCACAUUACUCAUUAAUUAAAAAUUGUAUUCAUUCCACCGCUUCAGCGCUUUGUUUUAUUUAUCGCAUCCAUUUCACAAAUGUUCCUACAUUACCGCUUGAUCAAUAAUUUAUUCUCUAGUGACCAAUCACCAAAUAACACAAAAGAGAAAAUAGUA